AUGAAUUAUUGGUGGAGGAAUUAUUCUUCGUCAUUCUCGUUUGUUUUAUUGUUGGUGACUUUGGUGUGUGCUAAAGAUGAAGAUGCACCAUCUAAGCCGUCGUACGUAGCUCCAAAAUUCAUCAGACCAACAGUUGUGGGCAAUCCAUUAUUAGUGGAUUGGUUUGAAGAUUCGGGCGCUCUCAAUAAGAAAUGGGUUCUGUCGCGUGGCAAGAAGGAUGAUGUUGAGGACUCUAUCGCAAAAUACAAUGGUGUUUGGGAAAUAGGCUCACCGUCGAAGAAGGUGAUCGAUGGUGAUAUGGGUCUGAUAGUCAAAACACAAGCUCGACAUCACGCGAUCGCAGCUCGCCUCAGAAAGCCAUUCGACUUCAGUAAGGAGAGCAAGCCGAUGGUGGCACAAUACGAAGUGAAGUACGAGGAUGGACAAGAGUGUGGCGGUGGUUACUUGAAGGCCUUAACGAUUGGUAUCGAGAGUAAACUGCACGAAUUCACCGAUAAAACACCGUACACGUUCAUGUUCGGACCUGACAAAUGCGGACAAGAUGCGAAAGUUCAUUUUAUCGUCAGAAUAACGAACCCGAAAAGCGGCGCCGUCACUGAACAUCACGCAAAACAACCAUCAAAAUCACUCACGUCCUACUUCGACGAUCGUCACACUCAUCUCUACACACUGAUCAUCAAGCCAGAUGAUACCUUCCAAGUCCUUGUCGACAAUUCCGAAAUCAUGUCCGGUAGUCUGCUAACCAAUCUUGAACCAUCAAUCACUCCGCCGUUGACAGUCGAUGAUCCGGACGAUAAAAAACCAGCGGAUUGGGAUGAACGAGAGAAAAUCGAUGAUCCAGAUGCGAAGAAGCCGGAUGAUUGGGAUGAAGAUGCGCCGAAAGAGAUCGAAGAUAAGUCAGCCGAAAAACCAGAGGAUUGGUUAGAGUCCGAGCCGGUUCAUAUACCGGAUCCGAAAGCGACGAAACCAGCCGAUUGGGACAGUGAGUUGGACGGAGAGUGGGAAGCGCCGUUGAUUCCUAAUCCGGCGUGUGAGGGACACAGUGGUUGUGGACCAUGGAAACGACCGAUGAUCGUCAAUCCUCAGUAUAAGGGUAAGUGGACAGCACCACGCAUCGCGAAUCCAAAUUAUAAAGGCAAGUGGCAACCACGUCAAAUCGAGAAUCCGAACUAUUUUGUAGCGGAGCCGUACAAGCAGUUGUCACCUAUAUCUGCGAUCGGUAUUGAACUGUGGACCAUGAGUGAGAAUAUUAUCAUUGAUAAUAUGUAUAUCGGUGACAGUAUUGAUGGUGCCGCAAACUUUGCCUCACAAACAUUCACUAUUAAGCACGCUCAGGAAGAGGCGUACGAGAGUGCAAUGUCACCGGAUGAAGGCGUUGUGAACUAUUUGUUGAAUGCGACCGAGGAACGUCCUUGGUUAUGGGCAGUCUACGUAUUGUGUGUGCUCAUACCGGUCAUCAUCAUUGCUCUCGUCUGUUUCCGUCGUGGUAAAUCAACGCCGAGUGAUGCUGACUACAAGAAAACUGACGAGCCACAACCAGAUGAUGAGGUACCGGAUCUAGUUGGUGAUGAUGAUGAGGAUGAGCGUGUGUCGAAUGAGAAGGAGGCAGAUAAGGAAUCUGGCUCGGAGACUAGGGAACGUUCUAAAUCUCCUUCUCGCCGUCGUUCCGAAUCUAAAUCCCCAUCCCGUAAACAGAAGACAACCAACACUGAUGAUCUCGAUAAGGAGGAAGAUGGUAUUGCUGAUGAUGCGGUUGCGGGAACGAGUUCACCGAAAGGAAAACGUGUUCGUCAGAGGAGACAAGAUUAG